AUACACGACACCAUCCCACACCACUCGGGAGCACCAUCCAUUCCGGGUAUACCGAUACUAUGAUGAUAUCCAUGUCAAUAUCACCUAUAUGUAUACAAGUGUGGGAGACGUUAGAUGGGUAGCUAUGAUCUACCCCCAGUUUCUUCUGGUAAAUUGAUGCGGCAAGGGUGGAUAUAGAGCAUAUGAUGGCCCACUGGGUUGGCAAUGAGCAUAUCACUGAUUAUUAUAAGUCCUCUCGAUUUCAUUUUUGUCAUUAUAGGCUAUAGCUUUCUAUCUUUCGUUGUGUAUUCUUUCCCUACACAAUGUUUCCUCUUGUCAUGAUUGCUUCUUUGGUGGCCCUCGGCCUCCUUGUCGUCUACUAUGUCGGCGGAUACUUGUUCCAGAAUAGGAGUUUGUCUGAUAUACCGGCAGCUUCGCCAUGGGCUGCUUUGACGAGAUUCUGGCUAGUCCGGGAAGCAAGAUUCGGGAGACGUUAUCUUACAGUUGACGACGCACAUAAGACCCAUGGAGAUUUUGUUAGAAUCCAGCCUAAUCAUGUCUCCAUCGCCAAUGUCAAUGCAAUCAAUGCCAUCUAUGGCCAUGGAAAUGGAUUCCUUAAGAGCGACUUUUAUGACGCCUUUGUGGCAGUGUCUCGCGGUCUCUUCAGCACUCGCAGCCGCGCCGACCACACCCGCAAGCGCAAGAUCGUUGCCCAUACCUUCUCAGCCAAGAGCGUGAUGCAGUUUGAGCAGUAUAUGCAUCAGAAUCUGAACGAGCUCCUCCGUCAGUGGGACCUAAUCUGCCAGAAAGCCCCAGCGAACUCCAAGUUUGCGCGCUUCGACUGUCUCCCAUGGUUUGCCUAUCUCACCUUUGACACCAUCGGGGAUCUCGCCUUCGGCUCGCCAUUCGGGAUGCUGAAGAAUGGACAGGACACCAUUGAAUACAUGGACUAUCCCGGCGGGCCUUCCAAGUACAUGCACGCCGUCGACGCGCUGAGCCGACGCGGCGAAGCCUUUGCAGUGCUGGGCUGCCUGCCGUUUUUGAAGAAGAUAGGCCAUCUCCUGCCUGAUUCGUUUCUACGAAAUGGCGUCCGCUCCGGGAGUCAGGUCGCGGGGAUUGCGAUUGCGCGCGUCGGCGAACGCCUUGCUUCUACGGCGACGAAGGGGACAGAACGUGUGGACAUAUUGACUCGAUUGAUGGAGGGCAAGGACGUCAAAGGUCAGCCUCUAGGGCGUGAGGAACUCACGGCGGAGGCCCUAACGCAACUGAUUGCCGGGAGUGACACUACCUCCAAUACUCUGACUGGCAUUUUCUAUUGGCUUCUAAAGAGCCCAGGAGUUCUUGCAAAGCUACAAGCCGAAGUCGACACUGUUAUUUUGUCACCAACUGAUGAGGUCGCCUUUCAAACCGUCAAGAACCUCCCAUAUCUCAAAGCUUGCAUGAACGAAGGCAUGCGCAUCCACUCCACCUCAGCUCUCGGCCUCCCCCGCGUCGUCCCCAUCGACGGCCCCGCCAUCGAGAUCUGCGGUCGCACGUUCGAACCCGGCACUGUGCUCUCCGUACCCAACUACACCAUACACCGCCUCGAGAGCAUCUGGGGUGCCGACAGCGACCAGUACCGGCCCGAGCGCUGGGAGUCCCUGACCGACGACCAGAAGAAGGCGUUUGUGCCCUUUGGUCACGGGCCGCGGUCGUGCGUGGGGCGCAACGUCGCGGAAAUGGAAGUGACGCUCGCGAUGGCUACGUUGGUCCGGCGAUAUGACUUUGAGCUCUAUCAGGAGAGGUUUGAGACCUGGGAGGGGUUCUUGAGGAAGGGGUUUUGUUGCGAGGUGGGUAUCAGGAGGAGGAUGACGUAGAUUACGUGGUUGUAAAAAGAAGGGCCAAGUAGUAUUGAUAUAUGUAGGCCAUUGAUGGUUUAGUGACAAUACCUUCUUUGCCUGAAAUGGGGGGGGGAUUGUGUUUAGAUUGACAUACUAAGGCGGUUAAUGGAAAUGGCAGGCCUGUUAUCGUCCUUGGACCUAACGACUCUCAUGCAUAGUAGGAAUUUAGAUG